GUCAAAACUGUUGUCUCAUCGCCCGCUUCAGUUCGUUUAAGAAAUAAACAAAAUUAUAUCAGGAAUUCUGGGAUUACUUAAGAGCGUGAAAUUAGAAAAAUAAAACCAUUUUGGAGUUGUAUAAGAUGAACAUAGAUAUUGGAAUCCCUGAGGAUGGACAAGGCCCCGGUUUCCAUCCGUAUUUUACGCAGAAAAUAUCCGAGCUGCAAUUCACCGUGAUCGAGCGGCAGAAAAACUUGCUCCGUUUGCAGGCUCAACGGAAUGAACUCAACUCGAAGGUUCGCUUGCUCCGUGAAGAGCUACAGCUCCUUCAGGAACAGGGCAGCUAUAUUGCCGAGGUGGUGAAACCGAUGGAUAAGAAUAAGGUCCUUGUGAAAGUCCAUCCCGAGGGAAAAUACGUGGUGGAUGUGGACAAGUCCAUCAAUAUCAAGGAUGUGACGCCCAACUGCCGAGUGGCCCUGCGAAAUGAGAGCUAUACCCUUCAUAAGAUUUUGCCCAACAAGGUUGACCCAUUGGUAUCCCUGAUGCUGGUGGAAAAGGUUCCCGACUCCACCUACGAAAUGGUGGGCGGCUUGGACAAGCAAAUCCAGGAGAUCAAGGAGGUUAUUGAGCUGCCCGUAAAGCACCCGGAGUUAUUCGAUGCCCUUGGCAUUGCCCAGCCGAAGGGAGUUCUCCUCUACGGACCCCCUGGCACCGGGAAAACCCUUCUGGCCCGAGCUGUGGCCCACCACACGGAGUGCACCUUCAUCCGGGUUUCAGGCUCGGAACUGGUGCAAAAGUUCAUUGGCGAGGGAUCGAGGAUGGUGAGGGAGCUUUUCGUGAUGGCCCGGGAACAUGCUCCCUCCAUUAUAUUUAUGGAUGAGAUUGAUUCGAUUGGAUCCGCGCGACUGGAAACCGGAACUGGCGACUCGGAGGUUCAACGUACCAUGCUGGAGCUCUUGAACCAACUGGAUGGCUUCGAGGCCACUAAAAAUAUCAAGGUAAUCAUGGCCACCAAUCGAAUCGAUGUUUUGGAUCAGGCUCUACUGCGUCCCGGUCGCAUUGAUCGCAAGAUAGAGUUCCCGCCACCGAAUGAGGAGGCCAGAUUGGAUAUCCUGAAGAUACACUCCCGCAAGAUGAACCUCACCAGGGGCAUAAAUCUGCGCAGAAUUGCGGAACUGAUGCCCGGGGCUUCGGGAGCUGAGGUCAAGGGUGUUUGCACCGAGGCCGGGAUGUAUGCCUUGAGAGAGAGACGCGUCCAUGUCACCCAGGAAGACUUCGAAAUGGCCGUGUCCAAGGUCAUGAUGAAGGACUCCGAGAAGAACAUGUCUAUAAGAAAGUUUUGGAAGUAGCUUCCUUUUAUAUUUUACGAGUUAAGAUAGUUAAGGUAAUCUCUGGAAAAUAA